UAAUAUGUUAGAUGUUUUAUCAUCUUCAUUUAUGCAAGUCGCGACACUAAACGGAAGUUCAUGUCAAAACCUAUCAUUGACAUUGUACUUCUUAAAGGUAGAAUGUCAUUGGUACUUCGGAUUUGCGCGGAUGAGUGCUGCGAGAAAUCAAAUUUUAUUUUUCUUGUUAAAGUUUAGGAGAAGUUUCAUUUUCCAUAUAUUGGCCAGAAUUGUUCAUCGAGUAAAAGGGAGAUGUCUGUAACUCUUAGAUAACCGAGGUGUUGGACCGUGUAUAUGAAUGGUAAUAAAUCAUAGGUCUAGACGAUAUUGAUAUUAUGUCUUGUAAAACAUUGUAAAGAGAAAGGGAGAGACGGUUUAUGUGUUCAUACCCAUUUACUUUAUUAAUUUGUCUUCCAUCUCGACAUUAUUUCGUAGUCCAGACGAUGUUCUCAAACACAGAAACCAAUCAUACAGAUUAGAUUCCAUUUGUAUCGAGUUGAGGGCAUAUAUAGCAACCGCUUGACACUCAAUUAGAAUGACUCAGGGAGAUUAAUAAUUAGAGCUUAUUAUGUAAUAGUCUGAUCGUGACGGAAGAAUUAUCUGUAUAUUAGUGAAUCUCAGAACUGUCGGUACCAGGUCAGAGUGCACAGUUUGGAAAAAUCUAAUAAUUGUGAUUCUGAGUGUUAAAAAAAAUACUAUGGAAUUGGGGAUUUUUUUUUUAGGAAACCUUCAGUAUAAUCACAUUUUCUUCAAGUGAUAUUGACACCUGAAAUCUCAUGUUUGUUUACUGGUUCUUUCAUUCAUAAACAUCAUUCUCCGGUAUAUGAUCUUUUACUAUUCCAAAAUAUACGCGUUAAAGUGGAUGAAACACAUUUCAUUAGACGUUGUUAGAAGGAUUUAAAGGAACAUAUGUACAAUUAAGUUUGAUGGAGUUGACAUCCAAAGGCAUGUUGCACAAGUAUUGCACUUACCUCAUAUUACAGUGUGGGGUUAGAAAGAGGAUGCUGAGAUGAUGUACCUAGAGCAAAGAUAAUAUGAAUAGGGACAAAUAUCUUUUAUUGUAUUCAUUACAGAAUGUUACAAAGAGGUUAUAGGAUAUUUUGUGCUUGACAAAAACCGUUCGGAUGUUUUAGCAGAUCUUUCGCCGAGUUUUGGAUGAACCUCUUAUUUUUCGAGAGCCAAUCAAAUUCUAUACUGCUUAAUGAAGACUUAUUAAUGCUGUUGUUUAAAGUAUUGUGUGAGAAAUGUCUCUAAAUGAUGUUUAAUUGAUUGUAAAAGGGGCAUACAGCAUGUGUAUCUUUAUACACCGUGAUUGCCUUGUAGAUAUGUGAUUGAUGGCUGGCGACUUUACUUCACUCCUCGUGUUAAUGUAUAAACGAAAAGGAGAAAGCCUAUUCUGACAUGCAGUCUUCUCUAUGUAUCCCAAUUUGUUUAUUCAUCUUAGUCAUUACUAUUCCAUCCACUCCCUGGGCUAAAAGACGCAACAAGAAUCGAUCAGGAAAAGAUUGUGAAAAGGGAAAACAUAAUUGUCAUAAAGAUGCCACCUGUAUAAAUACUAGAAGAUCAUUUAGAUGUCGAUGUAAACCUGGAUUUACUGGUAACGGUAAAUCUUGCCAAGAUAAAGAUGAAUGUAGUAAUGAGAAUGGAGGUUGUGUACAUACAUGUAUUAAUUCACCUGGUAAUUAUACCUGUCAAUGUUUUCCUGGAUUUUACCUUGCACCAGAUGGCCAUGGAUGUUUAGAUAAGAAUGAGUGUUUGGAUAGAAGAGGAAGUUGUGAACAUCAGUGUAUUAAUACUUUAGGAAGUUAUGAAUGUCGCUGCAACUUUGGUUAUUCCUUACAGUCUAAUGGGAGAAAUUGCCAAGUUGGAACUCGGUGUAAAACAAAUCUAGGAUGUGAACAUUUUUGUAGUAGUCAAAGAGAUGGUGCAUGUAGCUGUCUGUAUGGUUAUACACUUGUUAAUGGCAAACAGUGUUUACAAACUUGUAAACAUGGUAAUGGGGGUUGUCAACAUAAAUGUUUAGAUACACCACAAGGUCCAGUUUGUAGUUGUGCUGAUCAAUAUAAACUUAAAGAUGACAAGAAAACCUGUAGACCUAGUUGUGGUGUUAAGAAUGGUGGAUGUGAACGUAAAUGUACAGAUUUAACAGAAGGUCCUGUCUGCUCUUGUCCUAGAGGUUACCACUUACAUCAAGAUGGCCGCAGUUGUUUAGAUAUAGAUGAAUGUCGUGGAGGGAAUGGUGGAUGUAGUCAUCAGUGUGUUAAUACUAGGGGUAGUUACGAAUGUACCUGUCCAAAAGGUUUCAAAGUAGACUAUGAUCAAAGAUCAUGUAAAGAUAUAAAUGAAUGCUCUGUAAAUGGAACAUGUGAUCAUAUUUGUGUUAAUAAACCAGGGAGUCAUCAUUGUGAAUGUAGGAAAGGUUAUCAGCUAUAUGGCGUUUCACAUUGCUCAGAUGUGAAUGAAUGUUCUAAUAACAAUGGUGGAUGUGAAAAGGGUUGUGAAAAUUUUGAUGGUGGCUAUACAUGUACUUGUGGUGAAGGUUAUAAACUUCAUCCUAAUAAUAAAGACUGUAUUGAAUCAACACGAUGUAUUGAUAUCAAGACACCCGCUAAAGCUGAUAUGAGUAGUACUAUAUUAAGUGGUGGUAAUAGACAAGUUAUUAUAGAAUGCAAAGAUCCUAGAGCCAGAUUUACUAGUGGACAUGUUGGUAGAGCUGUAUAUGAGUGUGGACGAAGUACUGAUUACUUGUGGACUUUCGAAAAAGAAAAUAAAUCUUUAGCAACAUGCUCAGAAACGAAAUUACCACCCAGUUUUAAACGUAAAGCAAGAUUUGUACUUAUAAUGGAUGAAUGUCAUUUUCACGAGAAAUCACUGGAAUUAUUAAAAUCUAAUUUAACCAGUCUACUAAAUGAACAAAAAAAGUUUAAGUGUAGUAGAAAAUGUAGUUUAAACUAUUUACAAAUGAAUUGUGGGUCGCGUAGAAAGAAAUUUCGUAGCUUGGUGAGAGGAACCUUUAAAAAUCUAAUAACAGCGGAAUUUGAAUUACAAAUGGAUUCACGGAAGUCAAAUGGUAGAUGUGAUGAUGAUUGUAUGACUAAACGAACACAAAGGAAACUGAAAAAAGCCAUAAAAGCUCUUAGAAAAACUAUUAAAAAAGAGAGAUUUUCUAUCAGGUAUGAAGGUAUAGAUUAUGAUGUGAUAAAAAAAUCUUUUAAACCUGAUAAACAAGUCUAUAAGGCAUGUAGUACUGGAAAUGUUCUUGUAGGAAAUUUAUGUAUUGCUUGUAGUAUUGGUACAUAUCAUGAUAUAGAGAAAUCAAAAUGUCUGCCAUGUCCAAGUGGAACAUAUCAAGAUGAUGAAGGUCAAGAUAAAUGUAAACAAUGUCCAUCUAAAAUAGCUGAUUCUGGAAUGGUUGGUGCCAGCAACACAAGACAGUGUAUUGAUUUGUGUGAGCCAGGUUUUUUCUCUGGGGAUGGAUUUAAACCAUGUAGAUCAUGUGAAUUAGGAACAUAUCAACCUAGUUAUGGACGGACAUCUUGUAUGUCUUGUGGCGCUGGUAUUAUGACUAGAACAAUAGCAUCCAAACAUUUUAAAGAUUGCAUUUCAAGAGAUUAUUGUUUAUCUGGGUAUUUUUAUGAUAUUAGUGUACAUAGAUGUGUGAAAUGUAAACAAGGAACAUAUCAACCAGAACCAAAUCAGAAUUUCUGUCUAGCUUGUCCGAGUGGUACAACUAAUGAUUUUGCAGGUUCUAAAACUAGUGAAGAAUGUAAAAACCGUAGAUGCGGUGGUUACAGAGGUCGGUAUCAAGGUGUAAUAGAAACUCCCAACUAUCCCGGUAAUUACCCAGUCAAUGUUGGAUGUACAUGGAAAAUAAAACCUGAGAAACAGAGACGUAUUUUGAUCAUUAUACCCGAAAUACAUUUACGAGCUGAAGAUAAAUGUGGUGACAGAUUAGUGAUACGUAAAUCGAAAUCACAAUACAGUCCAUCAACAUUUGAAACUUGUGAGAGUCAAGAAAAACCAAUAGCAUUUACAGCUAGAUCUAGAAAAAUCUGGAUAAAUUUUAAAUCCAAUGGUUAUAACACUUCAAAAGGUUUUUCUAUACCGUUUGUUACAUACCAUGAAGAAUAUCAGACAUUAAUAGAAGAUAUAGUACGAGAUGGUAGAUUGUACAGCUCUUAUCAACAUCAACAAAUAUUUAAGGAUCGGAAACUGCUGAAUGCUUUGCUAGAAGUAAUAGCACAACCAUACAAUUAUUUGAAAUAUGCCAACGUAUCUCAUACAAUGUUCCCUCAAUCAUUCUUUAGACUUCUGACACCAAAAGUGAGACGAUUUUUCUCCACAUGACCAAAUACAAUCAAUUUGAAGGGAUGGAGAUGAGAAACCAGGAGUAAAGAAGGAUAAACAAGGACAAUAUUUGCCAUUUUGUGUGUUUGUUGUUAUGCGCCUGCUCUAAGUAGGAUAAAUUUU